CUCACGUCAAAUGUCAAAAUAUAAAAAUAGAAAAAAAUGUUAAAAGUUUAAACUUUAAUCUGAUUAUUUUAUUAUAGUAUGCAAAUCCGAGCCAUAAGUUCAAAAUGAAUCUCGAAGACAUAACAUAUUUAUCAUUACUAGUGUUUUCCAUAAUAUUCGGAUUAUAUUACAGAAAAAUUGACAAUGUAGAAAAUAGAAAAAUUUUAGGAGCCCUAGUAGGAUUUACAAUAGCCCUUAUAGUCUCAGGCUUGCACGUUUUCCAUCUUCUAAUAACUGUUGUAAUAAACGCAUGCAUAAUAAUAUUAACAAACAAAAGAAAAUGUCAUAUUCGAUCAUUUACCUUCUCAUUCCUCUACUUACUGUUCUUCCGAUCCACCGCCUACUUUGGGAUACCGUAUCCCCCUUCACACACGAACCUCGUGCAAAUGAUGCUUACCCUCAAGCUCGUGGGGCUGGCAUUCGAAGUCAACACACACUUCGAAUCCAAAAAGAAAAAAGACGAGGCGAUCAAAACUGAAGAACAACACCUCGAAGACGAAACGUUGCAUUUCGAUUUAUCAUUCGCCGAUGUUUUCUGUUACGCUUUCAACUAUUGCGGAGUACUAACAGGACCUUAUUUUAGGUACAGGACUUUCCGGGAUCACUUAUACAAACCUUAUUACAAAUACGAUAAUUACAUACCUGCUCUUAUAAAGAAAUUAUAUUGGCUACCGAUUUUAGGAAGCAUUCAUCUUAUUUCUAAUUAUUAUUGGCCACUAUCAUAUGUACACACUGAUGAGUACCUAAACAGCUCGUUUUGGUACAGAAUUUGGUACAUUUGGCCAUCAUUCGUAAUAUUUAAAAGCAGAAUAUUCUUCGGACUGGUCCUAACUGAGAUCGUAUGCUUAGUAGGCGGUAUGGGCGUAUAUCCAGCUUUUUCAAAACCGAAAUCCGGACACGGCCCCACUCAAAACUUCAAACAACUCAAAGAAACUACAAACCCUGAGACGUUAAAGUCGCUGGAUUACAACUACGAUACAGUCCACUCGAUCGACCCGUACGGUACGGAUAGUGCGCCCACAAUGCGGGAGGCCAUGAGGUACUGGAACAUGACUGUGCAGUACUGGUUGGCGAAUUAUGUGUACAAGAGGUUCCCGUACAAACAGUUUCGUGUACACGCUACUAUGUUUAUGUCUGCUUUGUGGCACGGGACGUAUUCGGGUUAUUACUUAUGCAUUGCCACUGUACCGUUUACGCUUUUGUGUGAAGAUGUUUGGGUGAAAUUAUUAUUGGAAAACAAUGAUUUCUUAUCUAAGACAGUUUCCAAAGGAAUAUUGCUGUUUUUGAAAACGCAAAUGUUUUCCUAUCAGAUCAUGUCGAUGCUAUUGUUGGAUAUUCACAAGAUAAUGCGGUUUUAUAAUAGCAUUUAUCAUUCCAUUGCCAUUGCGUAUGUUGGGCUGUAUUUUCUCGGCAUGUUUCUGUUGAAAAUCAAAAAUCGCCGAAUUCGGAAAGAUAUUAAAUGAAAGGAGCGAGAUUAGAAGAUUAAGAAAGAAACGAGUAAUGAUAAAUAAUGAACAAAGAUUGAUCCUGUAUAUUUGAACAAAUUUUUAUAAUGUUAUAUGGUUGAUAUAUGAAUGCAAAUAUUUUAUUUUACAAUACAUUAUAUUUAUACUUUUUUUGUUGCUAAUCAUGA